ACAGGAAUCAUUCACGCGCUGGAGCUGCGAGUGGUGCGCGCGCGCUCCUGUACUGCAAUGGCGCUGGCGGCGCGCUGAAGAGAGUUGCCCGAGUUUAAGGAGAAUUGAAACGAAAAUCUUAAGUCAUGCACGGCAAGUCAUCGUUAAAUCCGUCGUGAAGCUGAGAGCGGAUUUUACAUGUGAUCAUCUGCUCGCCGGUGAGCGGAUCGCUCGAUCUGUGAAGGUGAAUGAAACCGCCCCAAACACGAUCACAUCUGCACGCGAUCCACCCGCCGUGUCCAGCCGCAGAUCUGAGAUCAGGAGAUCGUCUGCGUCUCUGAGACCGCUGGAUGAUUAUGGCCGAACGCGGUUCCUCCGGAUUACUGAUGGCUUCGGCGGCGGUGACGCGCACUCUCCCGGCGGAGGUGCGCGAGAAGCUGGCGGAGCUCGAGCUGGAACUGUCUGAGGGUGACAUCACACAGAAGGGCUAUGAAAAGAAGAGAGGCAAAUUGUUGGCACCCUACAUACCGCAGAUACAAGGUGUGGAUACAUCUCUACAGAUAGAGCACAGAAUCCAAACAGCAUCACAGGCGAACCCUGCGGGCCCUAAACACAAUAAAUCCCGCGUGACAAACUCAAGGGAUGAACGCUUUAGAUCAGACCUGCACACUGAAGCAGUGCAAGCGGCCCUGGCAAAGUAUAAAGAAAGAAAGAUGCCGAUGCCAUCCAAGAGACGAUCUGUGUUAGUUCAGUCCUCGGUUGAAGCCUGCACACCUCCAGAUACGUCCUCAGCGUCGGAGGAUGAGGGUUCACUUCGUCGACAGGGACGGAUCGCCUCCUCUUCCCCGUACCAGGCGCAACCUCGUGUAGAACAUUGGUUUAACAAAGUCAUCCAGGGCUCGUCCACGUCAUCGUCCGCCUCCUCCACCUCCUCCCAUCCCGGAGGAAGAUCUCAUCUGACCACGAACGCCACCUCCUCCUCAGCUGCUACUGUACUGGCCGACCUCAUGGCUCACAAUCAGAUAGACAACCACAGUGCCCCACCGGAUGUGACAGGCCUGUCGGAGCGCUCGAUGCAUGCGGAGCGUCCACAGGUAGCAUCGGUUCGAGGGAUCCCACGUGGAUUCAUGCAAACCAGCAUCAUGGAGACGGCUGAUGACACUGACAGAGAUCAUGAGGAGACCACAGAGGGUGUUCCAGUCAACAGUCGAGUUUCCUCUAAGAUUCAGCAGCUCCUAAACACACUGAAAAGGCCCAAAAGACCCCCGUUACGAGAGUUCUUCGUUGAUGAUUUUGAAGAACUUUUGGAUGUCCAGCAACCGGAUCCGAACCAGCCCAAACCUGAGGGGGGUGAGAUGAGACCGCUGGACGGUGAACCGCUGGGAGUGGUGACUAAUUGGCCACUAUCAUUACUGGCUUCUCUUCAUCGCUGGGGUACCACACAGCCCAAAAGUCCCUGUCUCACAGCGCUGGACAACGCUGGCAAAUCUGUCUACACGCUAACAUACGGGAAGUUAUGGACGCGUUGUCUUAAACUGGCCUACACGCUGCUGAAUAAACUGAGCUCCAGGAAUGAACCACUGCUGCGGCCCGGAGACAGAGUUGCACUUGUUUUCCCAAACAAUGAUCCUGUGAUGUUCAUGGUGGCGUUUUAUGGAUGUCUUCUGGCUGAGCUGGUACCUGUGCCCAUAGAAGUGCCGCUGACUAGAAAGGACGCUGGCAGUCAGCAGGUUGGUUUUCUGCUGGGUAGCUGUGGUGUGACUUUGGCUUUGACCUCUGAUGCCUGUCAGAAAGGUUUGCCCAAAGCACAGACCGGAGAGGUGCUCACUUUUAAGGGUUGGCCGCGACUACUGUGGUUUGUUACGGAUGGAAAGCAUGUUGUGAAACCCCCUAAAGACUGGCAUCCACCAAUCAGGGACGCUAGCAAUGAGAUUGCCUAUAUCGAGUAUAAGAGCAGUAAGGAGGGCUGUACCAUGGGUAUCACCGUGUCUCACUCGGCUAUGUUGGCUCACUGUCAUGCACUCACUCAGUCUUGUGGAUACACAGAGGGUGAAAUUGUAACAAAUGUUUUGGACUUUAAACGGGAUGCUGGUCUGUGGCACGGAGUCUUGACAAGUGUGAUGAACAGAAUUCACGUCAUCAGCAUCCCAUACUCAUUGAUGAAGGUCAACCCUCUGUCCUGGAUUCAGAAAGUUCACACCUAUAAAGCACGUGUAGCAGUGGUUAAAUCCAGAGACAUGCACUGGUCACUUUUAGCCCAGCGGGAUCAGAGAGACAUUAGUCUCAGUUCUCUACGCAUGCUUAUUGUUGCAGAUGGAGCUAAUCCCUGGUCUAUCUCUUCCUGUGAUGCCUUCCUAAAUGUAUUCCAGUCCCGUGGUCUGAGACCAGAGGUGAUCUGUCCGUGUGCGAGUUCAUCUGAAGCCAUGACUGUCGCCCUCCGCAGACCUCCAGAGAUGGGUGUUCCUCCUCCAGGUAAAGCAGUAUUGUCUAUGAACGCUCUGAGUUAUGGUGUGAUUCGAGUGGACACAGAGGAGAAACUGUCUGUCCUUACUGUUCAGGAUGUUGGUCAGGUCAUAUCUGGAGCGCGGGUGUGUGUGGUCCGGGUGGAUGGGACACCAUAUCUCUGUCGAACAGAUGAAGUUGGAGAAAUCUGCAUAAGCUCCAGCACUACAGGAAUCUCCUACUAUGGCCUGCCAGGCAUGACCAAGAACGUCUUUGAGAUCAUUCCGGUAUCAUCAUCAGGUGCCCCCGUCAGUGACAGACCCUUCACACGAACAUCUCUCCUGGGCUUUAUCGGGCCGGAUAAUCUGGUGUUUGUGGUGGGAAAGAUGGACGGGCUGAUGGUGGUGACUUCAAGAAAACAUAAUGCAGAUGAUGUAGUGGCUACGGCGUUGGCUGUGGAGCCUAUGAAGUUUGUGUACAGAGGAAGGAUUGCUGUGUUCUCAGUGUCUGUUCUUCAUGAUGAGCGUAUCGUGGUGGUAGCCGAACAGAGACCCGAUGCGUCUGAGGAGGACAGUUUCCAGUGGAUGAGUCGAGUACUGCAGGCUAUAGAUAGCAUCCAUCAGGUCGGUGUCUACUGUUUGGCUCUGGUGCCAGCCAACACGCUACCCAAAGCCCCUCUGGGCGGCAUCCACAUCUCAGAGACCAAACAGCGAUUUCUGGAGGGAGCCCUGCACCCCUGCAACGUUCUCAUGUGCCCUCAUACCUGUGUCACCAACCUACCCAAACCAAGACAGAAGCAGCCAGGUACAGAGGUGGGACCUGCAUCAAUGAUAGUUGGAAACCUUGUGGCUGGGAAGAGGAUCGCUCAGGCUUGUGGAAGAGACGUCUCGCUGCUAGAAGACAAUGAGCAGUUCCUGUAUAUGCAGGAUGUUUUGCAGUGGAGAGCUCAGGCCACACCAGAUCAUCCCCUGUUUCUGCUUCUCAAUGCCAAGGGCACCGUGUCCAGCUCCUCUUCAUGUGUUCAGCUACACAAGCGAGCAGAGCGUGUGGCUGUAGCUCUGAUGGAAAGAGGCCGACUCAACACUGGAGAUCAUGUAGCACUUGUUUUUCCUCCUGGUAUUGAUCUGAUCGCCACUUUCUAUGGUUGUCUGUAUGCCGGCUGUGUUCCAGUGACGGUCAGACCUCCUCAUCCACAGAACUUAACCACCACACUGCCAACGGUUAAAAUGAUUGUGGAGGUUAGUAAGUCUGUGUGUAUCCUGACGACACAAGCAAUAAUGAAACUACUGAAGUCCAAAGAAGCUGCGGCUGCCGUGGAUAUUAAAUCCUGGCCAUUGAUACUGGACACGGAUGAUCUGCCAAGAAAGAGAGUUCCUCAGAUCUAUAAACCGCCCAACCCUGAGACGUUAGCCUACCUGGACUUCAGCGUGUCCACGACGGGAAUCCUCGCUGGGGUGAAGAUGUCUCACGCUGCCACCAGUGCCUUGUGUCGCUCUAUUAAACUUCAGUGUGAGCUGUAUCCUUCACGACAGAUCGCCAUCUGCCUGGAUCCUUACUGCGGCCUGGGCUUCGCUCUCUGGUGCCUCUGCAGUGUGUACUCAGGCCAUCAGUCCAUUCUGGUUCCUCCUCUGGAGUUGGAGAGCAACGCUUCUCUCUGGCUGUCGGCUGUCAGUCAGUAUAAAGUGCGAGUGACCUUCUGUUCAUACUCUGUCAUGGAGAUGUGCACCAAAGGACUGGGCUCACAGACCGAAGCCUUGCGGUUAAGGAACGUGAAUCUGUCAUGUGUAAGGACCUGUAUGGUGGUGGCUGAGGAACGUCCUCGUAUCGCUCUCACUCAGUCUUUCUCCAAGAUUUUCAAAGAUCUCGGUCUGUCCAGCCGCGCUGUCAGCACAACAUUUGGGUGUCGGGUCAACGUGGCCAUCUGUCUUCAGGGCACUUCUGGUCCAGACCCCACCACAGUAUAUCUGGACAUGAGAGCCCUCCGUCAUGACAGGGUUCGAUUAGUUGAGAGAGGCUCACCACACAGUUUACCAUUGAUGGAGUCUGGAAAGAUUCUGCCUGGGGUGAAGGUUGUCAUUGCCAACACAGAGACCAAAGGACCUUUAGGAGAUUCUCACCUGGGUGAAAUAUGGGUGAGCAGUCCCCAUAAUGCAUCAGGAUAUUACACAGUUUACGGUGAAGAAGCUUUACAUGCAGAUCACUUCAGCACCAGACUGAGCUUCGGUGACACGCAGACGGUUUGGGCUCGAACAGGAUAUCUGGGCUUCUUACGUCGCACUGAACUCACCGAUGCCUGUGGAGAGCGUCACGAUGCGCUGUAUGUGAUCGGAUCUUUGGAUGAGACUCUGGAGCUGAGAGGAAUGAGAUAUCAUCCCAUCGACAUUGAAACGUCUGUGAUACGAGCACACAAGAGCAUUGCAGAGUGUGCUGUGUUUACAUGGACCAAUCUGUUGGUGGUAGUUGUGGAGCUUGAAGGAUCAGAACAAGAAGCUCUGGAUCUUGUUGCCCUUGUGACCAAUGUGGUUUUAGAAGAGCACUACCUGAUCGUAGGAGUUGUCGUGGUGGUCGAUCCCGGAGUUAUUCCCAUCAACUCCCGAGGAGAGAAACAGCGCAUGCACCUGCGGGAUGGUUUCCUCGCCGAUCAACUGGAUCCUAUAUACGUGGCCUACAACAUGUGAGAUAAACCUGGAGCAGAGAGAAACCUGAUGAUGCACACUUGGAGAAGAAGAGACUUCCCUCUUCAGCUUCUCUUCCACAAACAUUGAUGGAUUCCCUGAUGGAGCUAUGCAGUUUAUUUUUUAUAUCAAACAGUCCAAAUGCCUUGAGAGAUGAAAUGUUGAACUCCAGCGUGUCAGGGCAAAAGACUGCAAAGAUGAUUUCAUGUCCUAUCGUUUUGUGUCAUGAUUUAAUUCAAGCACAUGAAUGUUUUCUCAGUCAGGCGGAGUCUGAGCUCCAGAUUGCAGAGCGUUACUUUAAAACGAGUGCCAUGUGAGAGUUUGUGAUGCGUCUCCUUUCAUUGCAUUACUACGGCCCAGGCGUAGCUUUAAAAAAACAACAACAGAUUUGUUUUGUUUGUGGUCACAUUAACACACUUUGUGGUGAAGUGUGUCAUUUCAGUGCCACUUUUAAGACAAAAAAUAGAAAUGCAAAAAUAAAGACUUGAAAUACUCCUUUUAACCACUUUUGGGUUCUGCAAACUAGUUGACCUAGUUUUCUGUAGUAUUGGAUUUGAAUUUAACCUGGAAUUUUUCUUCCUUUUACUAAUAUUGCUAACACUUCAUCAGGACUGUAUCUCCAACAAACAUUUUGUGUUAAGAGAGUAUUUUUGUUACGGUUGUUUUAGUCAUAUCAAGUGUUAUUAUUUUACAAUAAUAGUUCUGAUUUUAAAUUCUGAUUGGAACAACUGAGUUCUGAACUGAUGUCAUUCAACUACAAACGAUGCGUUAAGUUGCUACAUUGUCUGGCAACCACAAAAAAUCUAUAAUCAGCUGUUAUCUUAACUUGGUUUAUGUGCCGAGCCGCCCAUCAGUGUAAAGACCCUCAUCGGAUAUACUUCAGAGCAGUGGCAGCCGGUGACUUAUUUUCCAAGGGACGCAAAUUCAAAGUAUGUGUUGCGAGUAGGGCUGGGUAUCGAUUCAGAUGUUUCAGAUCGAUUCAAUUUCGAUUCACUAGCUAUCAAAUCAAUUCUCCUUUUGAUUCCGAUUCUCGAUUCGACAAAAUUAAUAUAUAUUUAAUACAAAUACUAUAUUUAUAAAAAAGAACAGUGAACAUAAGUUUACAAGUGGGUAAUUAAUAAAAAGAAAUUAAGAGCCACAAACCUGUAUAUUAAACUCUUUAAUUUUAGGUACACUUGGGUACAUUAAAACAGAACCCAUCUCUAAUUUUCAAAUGUUUACAAUUAUGUUAAAUACAAUAAGAUUUUGAUGCAAGAUGAAUAAUGUAUGCUGAAAAAAGUCAGAACACUCGCAUUCCUUGAUCAAACAGGAUCAGGUUUUUUUAUAAAAAAAAUUUAUUCGUGGCCUUUGAGAAUCAAUUUUGAAUCGACCACUUAAAAAAACGAUUAAUCGAAAAAUCGAUGAGUCAUUUCAAAAUAUGUGCCUGCUGCACACGCGUUGAAAGGGUUUAUAAUAAAAGAGACGCUAGCUCUCAUUCACAUUCAAAAUAAUCGCAAGACACUCGCUUAACACUAAACUCUGAUUAAACAUACUGUAAGAUUAAGCGAGCAUCAGGCAAACGUGAGCGUCUCUUUUAUCAUAAACCCCUUUGAAGCCUUUGAAGCGUUUGAAGCAUGCACAUAUUUUGACAUUACGCAUGAUGCACAUAGGUUCACCUGACGCACCACACACAUAAUGGGCUAAAUACAUGUUUUGUAACAGAAGUCAACCACCGCCACUGCUUCACAGUUUCCUGUAAUCGCAUCAUCCGGAUGACGGCCCUUAACAUUGCGCUCAAGAAA